AGAUAUUAUCACAUCUUCGGUAUCCUAGUGGCUGAUAAACUUUUUGCUAGAGCUCUCUCAGACUUAACAAUGGCGUCAGAGAAAGACCACACCCCAACUUCCUCUGAACUGUUCUCUAGUGCUAAGGUGGUAGCCGAGGCAGCAAAAUCCACAUUCAGCAGUGAAAGCGACAAGGUUGACAAGGGGAAGGUUGCUGGUGCAGCUGCUGAUCUUCUAGGUGCUGCCAAAGGCUAUGGCAAACUGGAUCAGGAGAAGGGAAUUGGACAAUAUGUUGAUAAGGCAGAGACUUACCUGCACCAAUACGAGUCUUCCGGGCCGACCCCGGCCACCCAAAAGUCUGACACCCCGACCAACCCUGAGCCUGCAAAGUCAGAGCCGCAUGCAAGCGGUGGUGAUGGCAAGGAUUCUGGAAGCGCUGGCGUUGGGGAUUACGUCAAGGUGGCUCAGGGUUUCUUCAAGUAAAACUGAUUUCGUCUUCUUGUAGUUCCCAGAGCUGUGUUCACUGUUUAUGGCUUUUAAUCUGUGUUCUUUUUCCUUUCUUCUAUGCUGUAUGGUCUAUGACUCCAUCGGAAUCUGUGUAAUUUGAAGCAAUAAACAAUAAGUUAGUAGUGAGAAUUCUGCUAAUCCGUUGCACAAA